ACUUGUGAAGAAUGGCAAUAUAAAAUCUAAGUAAAGCUGAAUAAAAAGGGCCCUAGCAAAGGGGAAAGAAAAACACAAUAAUAAAUAAACCCCAAAACCUUUCAUCUCUUUUCCAUUCCCUCUAUUUCUCUUCGCUGCAACUAACUCUCCUCACUCCUCACCUUAUCUCAACUUCAACAGAGGGAAACAAACACACACUCCCUAACUUCCCUUUUCCAAUGACUAAUACUGCUCGAGCUUCAUUAGUUUGGCGGGAAAUUUCGGGUCUCCACCCAGACAAUUGUACCCAACCCCACCAAUGCCAAACCCAAUGGUUCGCUUCUGCCGAUGCCACUCGGAGAAGGUCUAAUUUCGCAUGUAUUUCGCUCGCGGAGAAGAGGGAGGAAAAAGGGUUCUCGCCCACGUAUGCUCAGCUCCUCAAGCAUCCUUUGGCUAUGGUCGCAUUGGUUCCAAAAGACGCUGCGCUUUUUGCGGCCGGCGCAAUUGCCGGCGCCGCCGCCAAAACCGUCACCGCGCCGCUCGACCGCAUUAAGCUUCUUAUGCAGACUCAUGGACUUAGAGCAGGACAAGAAGGUGCGAGGAAGGGAAUAGGAUUUAUUGAGGCCUUCACAUUGAUAGGGAAGGAAGAAGGAUUAAAAGGGUACUGGAAAGGGAACCUCCCCCAGGUGAUACGGAUCAUACCUUAUAGUGCGGUGCAGCUUUUUGCCUAUGAAACAUACAAGAAACUUUUUCGAGGAAAGGAUGGGGAGCUCUCUGUAAUUGGAAGAUUAGCUGCAGGUGCUUGUGCUGGCAUGACUUCCACUUUUGUUACUUACCCACUGGAUGUCCUUAGGUUGAGGUUAGCUGUUGAAACUGGGCACAAAACAAUGACAGAGGUUGCUUUAAACAUGCUGAGAGAGGAAGGAUUUGCUUCAUUUUAUAAUGGUCUAGGACCUUCUCUUAUUGGAAUCGCCCCUUACAUUGCAGUGAACUUUUGCGUUUUUGACUUGGUGAAGAAGGCUCUUCCAGAAAAAUAUCAGAAGAGGACUGAAACAUCCCUGGCAACAGCACUGGUAUCAGCCACUGUAGCCACACUCAUGUGCUAUCCUUUGGACACAGUUAGAAGACAAAUGCAAAUGAAGGGCACUCCAUACGCGACAGUUUUGGAUGCCUUUCCAGGCAUUGUGGCUCGUGAUGGUUUGGUGGGACUUUAUAGGGGUUUUUUGCCGAAUGCACUGAAGACUUUGCCAAACAGCAGCAUAAGGCUUACCACUUUCGACACUGUGAAGCGUCUCAUUGCAGCAGCUGAAAAAGAAUUCCAAAGCAUUAUAGACGAAAACCGCAAGAAACAAGAACAAACUGCCAAUGAUAACAGUAUCUAGCAUUUUAACUGGCUUCAGCAUUCCUCAGUUACUUCAUUUAUUUUGUAGAAAGCAUGUUCCGGUAGAAGACAGGUUCGUCGAAAUGCGAGAUUAAGCUGUGGGUAAUCAGAUUAUAUGACCCGGGGCUCUAUUUUUUGUGAUACAAUCAGGCAUCAACUGUAGUGGCUAAGUAUAGAUAGAUAUUAAUGUAUAUGAACAUCUCACUUGUCUUCUUUCUAAUUAUGAAGCGCCAUGUACGAAAGUUGCUUGAAGAUUUUAGUUAGGAGCAUUGGAAGACUUGUAGUA